AUGGUGAACGUUGUGCCAGCACUGGAGCAAGAGGCUGAGGAGAAGAUUGGUGAAAAACAGUUGGAGGUAGCUGGACUGAAGGAAACAUCGCCUGCAUGUCAUACUGCAGAGGACAGGGAUAAGCUUUUGCAUGUUCCAUCAUCACUGUUGAAUGAGGAGAAUACCCAACAGGACUCCAUUUUAGUCGUCUCAAACCUUCAUAAAGAACAUGACAGGAAUUCGGAUUUUCUGAGGAGCCGUAUAAGUGAAGUGAAAGAGCAGCUAGUAGAACUCAAGAAAGAGGUAAACAACGUUAAAGGUGGAAAUCGUUGUGGGAGGAUUAAUUCAGGUGAUGAGUUGGUAGGGUCGGAUGGUAUCUUGCUGGAGGAGGUGUCUGAAAGACUGAUCGGCGUGGACAGUACUUUCGAUGCUCCCCAGAGUACACUAGAUUCUUUCUUCAGCCAGCUAAAGGAUAUGGUUCACAUAUCUAAGAAGUCACUUCGUGAGAUGCAGCAAAAAUGGGAACUUAGAGCAGAAAUCGAGGCCAUUGUGAUGACCAGCUACAUCAGGAGCCUCCACAGUGAAUUUGAGAGGAAGUUUUGGGACCUUAACACUUAUUCUCACGGUUGUGAAAACCCCAGUUCCCUGAAGAAGAUAAAAGAAAUAACAGCUCCUCUACGUGAGGAACUGGUUAUGCUUUCUAAUCUGUUUUCUGGCAAUGAUAAUGGGCAGCUAAUUUCUCAAGUGUCCUUGGAGGAUGGUGAAGAGUGUUUGAUUAAUAAAAGAACUGAUCACUUGAACCAGAAACUGUCAAAGAAUUUGGAUGAUGAGCUGAUGAUCACCAUGCCAGAGAAUUUGGACCCAGUAAAGGACAAGGAAUUUGAAGGAUUGAAGAGAAAAAUCUCUGAUGUGAUCUCGAAGUUAGAUGACAUUUUGAGGGAAAGUAACAGCGUACCUCAAUCUAAUGGAGAUGCUGGCAGUUUUGGCACUAUGAGGGCGAGAUUGGAAGAUCUUCUGGCUGAAAAUCACCAGCUAAGAAGCGUUCUUUCUGAUAUGGCAAAAAAGGUGAUGUCUCUUCUCUCACAAAUAUCUGAUCAUGCAAAGCAAAUCUCUUCUCAUUCUUCCACUGAGGCAGAACUGUUGGAAACGAUUGGUAAUCUCACGUGUAAAUGGGAAGAUGCACAAGUUGAAGCUUCCAUUUAUAAAGAAGUGUACAAUUGUAUUGUCAAGGAGAUGAUGGCACACAUGCACUAUAUAUCUGGCAAUUUGUAUAAUCAGAAAAAUAUCAGGGAAGAUGUUCAUGAAAUUGCUAAUGUUGCUGAAUGUUCGUGCCAAUAUGAAUUCGAGAAUUUAAAUACGGAGAAUGCCAUUUUGCAAGGCAACGGAAAGAGAAAGAUCACUGGAAUCGAAGAUUUCAGAAAACGAAAAAAGCUAAAACAGGAGGCAACACAGUUGGCAGUGUCGGUGGAAGAAAAGGAGAAAUUAGCUCAGGAAACAGCUGGGAAAUUGUCUAUACAGAUGGAAAAAUGUGAAAUGAUUUCUCAAGGGCUUGAACACUUGAAAGCUGAAUUGAGUAGACAGCAAAUCCUAAUUGCAAAGAUGAAUAAAGAAUCAGAACUCAUGAAAGGUAACCUUGCUCAAGGACUUAAGCAAAUUAAAGUACAUGAAAGGGAGUUUAACAAUCUAAAUGAGAAGUUAGACUUAGCAGUCGAAGAGUUGAUCAAAGCUAAUAUAGAGAAAGAGUUGCUUUUGGCGGCUAAUCAAGAGAAGGAGAAUGCUCUACAGUUGCUUAGAAAUAAAGAAAGAGAGAACUUGGAACAGCUUGAGCUAACGACGCGAACUGUCUAUGAAUUGCUGAAGAAAGUAGCUGACUUUGAACAGAGCAUAUCAGAAAAUAUUCAGGGGAAAAACAUGAGGUUGGGUACUGUGGGGUCCCAACUGAGUUCCCUUAGGCAGAAGGCUGUUGCACUUAAAAGAAUGGGAUAUAUUUAUCAGCAGAGACUUGAAAGAACAUGUUCAGACCUCCAAAAAGCUGAAGCUGAGGUGGAUCUCCUAGGAGACCAGGUGGAUACACUUUCGAAUUUCCUGGACAAAGUUUAUAUCGCUUUGGAUCACUACUCUCCAAUCUUGCAACAUUAUCCUGGAAUUAUGGAGGUCCUGAAGCUUGUUCGAAAAGAGUUGACUGGGGAAUCUUCAAGUUAAUUUGAUGGAUUGUCAUAUAAGUCAAUGCUUCAAAUAGAAGCUCAGACUGAUAAAAACACUCCAUAUCCCAUGCUCUGAUCUCCUUCUACAGCAUCCGCCUCUUUUGUCAUUGUGGCAGUUCUGCAGCACCUCCAGUCAACAACUCGCCGUGCUGCCGCAGACAUGGAUCUUUUCUGUGGAUAGUAUGCCUUCUUUAAACGAUUAUAGCAAGAUUAUGACGUCAUAGGACAAAUGGCUUCUGAAGGAACAUAGACCCAUCUAAAUUAAAGGAAGAAACUAGGAAGAUGCCAGCUGAUUAUCGUUAUACAAAGGUGAUGCCAGCUGAUUUUUGUUGUUCCUCACUUUUGGUAGGAUAAUAUCUGAAUGUAACGUGAGAUUUCAGUGAGCAUUGUGCAUAGAUCUCAUUAAGUAAUACCGAUAACACCAACCUGCAUGCCUUAUCUUUAUCAAAGCUAUCCUAUUCCUUAGUUCCCACUUAAAAAUGUUACAUCAACAUAAGAACAUUGGCGGCAUGUCUGGUGUUCAAGAAAUCAAAACUAUUCACUCUC